AUGGUCCGAACCACGUUUUGCAACUUCAUCCACUCAACAAAGUCCCUUAUUCCAGGGAAAAAACGUCAGAAGAAGUCCUUAAUACUCUUCCUACCGGAUUCUUUGCUCCAAAAGAUUUACAAAUUCCUCUCCCCAGUCGACAAAGUCUGUCUAUGUCUCAGCUGCAAAACACUCUUCAACCUAUUCAGCACAAUACUAGAACACAAGGAAUUCGCCUUCCCCCAACUCCUCAAAAUCAAAGAGCCUCGCAAAUGCAUAAACAAUCAAGACGUAUCGCGCAACCAGCUCCUCCUACGCCUCGAGACAAAAGAACAGCUCUACUGUGGCGCCUGUCUCAAAUUGCACCCACGAAAGUCCUUCAACACACCCCAGGCCCCCAACAAUCAACCUCUCCAAAGACGAUGUCGCCAAAACGCCGGAAUCGUCGAUCUAUGCCCCUGCAUCUCCUUAACAGGAGCAGAUCGCAGAAACAUCAUUCGUCUAUUAGAAAAUUCCACGAUAUCGGACCCAACUCUGGGUGGUCGAUUCGAUCUCAUAGACGAUGAUGAGCAGGGCUCUUACCUACUACACCGGUGCUCUUACGCUACAACCAAUCACUGGAGAACGAGACUUUUAAUGAAUGUCUUCAUUGGCCUGGAUCGCCAGCUGCGAGUCAAUACGAAAUACACGCUCUCCUCGCAGUCUGUGCCGCGCGUGAACCGCCGCGCUGAGCCUGUCUUUGCGUGUCCGCAUACUGAUCUGACGAUGUUUGCGGGCUGGUUUAGGGAUUCGUCAAAGUGCAAGUACUGUCAUACUUCGUUUGAGGGGACUUCUGUCAGUCCGGCCACGUUUGAGGUUACUCGGAUGUUGGGAGGUUGUACGAGGUCCGAGAGUGAGGUUUGGUUGAAGCAGUCGAGGUUUACUGAGGAGGCUUGGGAUGACUAUUUGGCUUUUUGGAGAGACUCGGCUGCUAUUAGAGAUGGGGUGAGGAAGGAUUUCAGGAAGAGGAAGGCUAUUCUCGCGAGAUCUCGUGAGCCAGCGCGUUCGGGCACUAUGCUGUCUAUCAGCAGGCGCAGACUACCAUUGAAUGCGAAGACACCGGCGUAUAUUAGCGCCCAGACUGUAUGA